AUGUGCCCCCAAGAGAAUUCCUUCCAACCCUUGCAGUUCCUACUGCUGGUGGGUGUUCCAGUUGCAAGUGUCCUCCUCCUGGUGCAGUGCCUUCGAUGGCACUGUCCUCACUGGCUGCUACAAACCUGCCGGAAGCCAGAUGGCGAAGAAGACCCAGUGCCCCAGCCCACUCCCCUACCUGAAACUGAGAUUCCUAGCCAGUCCCUGCCAGUUACACUGUCAGAGAUGGCUGCCUUCUACCAGGAACUCAACACACCCACCCAAGGCCAGACAGUCAUCCGUCAGCUGAUGAACAAGCUAUUGGUAUUUUCAGUUCGAGAGGUGGACCACCGCGGAGGCUGCCUGAUGCUACAAGAUACAGGCAUUUCCCUGCUCAUCCCCCCAGGUGCUGUGACUAUAGGCCGCCAGGAACGGGUGUCUCUGGUCCUGGUGUGGGACCUGUCGGAUGCUCCCUCACUGUCCCGGGCCCAGGCACUGGUGAGCCCUGUGGUGGCAUGUGGCCCCCAUGGGGCCUCCUUCCUGAAGCCCUGCACCCUCACAUUCAAGCACUGUGCCCAGCAGCCCAGCCAGGCUCGUACCUACAGCAGCAACACAACCCUGCUCGAUGCCAAGGCCUGGAAGCCCCUAGGGCGGUCGGGGGCCUACACUUCCAGGGAUGAGUGUCGCCUUCACCUCUCCCACUUCAGCCUCUACACCUGCGUUCUGGAGGUGCCUGCGGGGCGGGAGGCUCGCAAGUGGCUGCAGCUGGCAGUGUUCUGCUCACCCCUGGCACCAGGACAGUCCCACCUGCAGCUGCGCGUCUACUUCCUCAACAAUACGCCCUGUGCCCUGCAGUGGGCCAUAACCAACGAGCAGCCCCACGGUGGACGCCUGCGUGGGCCCUGCCAGCUCUUUGACUUCACGGGAGCUCGCGGGGACCAGUGCCUGAAGCUCAAGUACAUCUCUGAGGGUUGGGAGAAUGUGGAUGACAGCAGUUGCCAGCUAGUUCCCCAUCUCCACAUCUGGCAUGGAAAGUGUCCCUUCCGUUCCUUCUGCUUCCGGAAGAAAGGUACCAGUGAGAGUGAGGACUGCUCAGCACUAACCAAUGAAAUCAUUGUCACUAUGCACACCUUCCAGGAUGGCUUGGAGACCAAGUACAUGGAAAUUGUCCGGUUCCAGGCAUCAGAGGAAGAAUCGUGGGCAGCAGCCCCUCCAGUCUCCCAGCCACCUCCGUGCAAUAGGUUGCCCCCAGAGCUCUUUGAGCAGCUGCAGAUGUUGUUGGAACCAAACAGCAUCACAGGCAAUGACUGGCGCCGGCUGGCUUCCCACCUGGGGCUCUGUGGUAUGAAAAUCCGGUUCCUAUCCUGCCAGCGCAGCCCUGCUGCUGCCAUCCUGGAGCUGUUUCAGGAGCAGAAUGGCAGUCUACAGGAGCUGCACUACCUCAUGACUGCCAUGGAGCGGCUGGACUGCGCCUCGGCCAUCCAGAGUUACCUGAGCGGGAAGCAGGGUGGCAGCCCGGCCCCCAGCCAUGGGCCUGCCCAGGAUAACCAGAGCUUGGAACUUGAUGAAAAGCUCUGA